CCAUCUUCACGUCGCGCGGCGUACAUACGUACAUACGUAUAUACACAUAUACAUACCGCCGGCUGAAAAUGUGGUAGGGGUCCGGAGGGGGCGCGGGGCGAACGCGGAAAGAGAGAGAGAGAUCGAGCAAACGGAUCCGAGCCAUAGCCACGUUGUACGGCGUCGCGAAGAACGUAGGAGGAUCGUCGUCGGUUGAGCGAGCGAGGGAGAGCAGAGUAAACGAUUAGAAGAUGAGUUCGAGUGCGUGUUACAAAUGUAACCGUAUGGGCCACUUUGCACGGGAGUGCCCACAAGGCGGAGGUGGAGGCAGAGGAGAUCGUGGACGCGACAGAGAUGGUGGUUUUGGACGCGGCCGAGAGAAGUGCUUCAAAUGCAACCAAUUUGGACACUUUGCGCGUGAAUGCAAGGAGGAUCAAGACCUUUGCUAUCGUUGCAACGGUGUUGGACACAUCGCUAAAGACUGUCAACAGGGACCGGAAUUGAGUUGUUACAAUUGUAACAAGACUGGUCACAUGGCGCGCAGCUGCCCGGAGGGCGGCAACGACUCCGGACGCUUUGCCAUGCAGAGCUGCUACAAUUGCAACAAGACGGGCCAUAUCGCUCGCAACUGCACCGAGGCCGGUGGCAAGACUUGCUACAUCUGCGGCAAGACCGGUCACAUAAGCCGCGAAUGCGAUCAGGAUGACAGGAAGUAGGAGACAACCGGAAUCCGUGCCGCUCGCUUAACGAUAACGAUAAGCCGUUCACCGUCGCGCGCGCCACUACCGGGAAUUGUAGCUAGGUAGGGAUGAUGCGGACGUAUGUCUCGUUGACGCGUACAAUUCGCAGAGGACGCGUAUCGCCGACAUCGUCGUCGUCGCCAUAAGCGUCGUCGUCGUUGUCGUCGUAAUCGUUCGAAUUGCCACCAUAUACCAUGCUCCCAAUUCCCGGAGGCAAGCCCCAGCCCUCCUCGCCCUUUAUUCCCAAAUCUCCUUCCCCUCUCUGCCCACCGUUGUUCUCUUCGCAAGGAUUUUUUUUUCUUAAUGAUGUCUUUAAGUUUUUAUUGCUGUUACACCGACAUACAUCAACACAUAUACAUUGUAUUGCUACGUGUGAAUGAGCGCAGGGUUCAUCUCCUAUAAACAACACAUUUAACAUUUACAUUAUUACACGUACAUGAUAAACACUUUCUACACAAAGCAUACAUAUACACAUCUAUAUAAUAAUAUUAUGAACAUUCGAUUGAAUUAGAAUGUAGAGACAUGAGUCCUCUGUCCCCCUGACCUUCGAACUGUCUCGUAUGCGCAUUGUUUUCCGAUGCAAGAUGUAUGGAUUUUCAGGAAGUUCUAACAUGUGGUCUCGCGAGAUUCAAUGCGUGUCUGGCGAUAUUCGCGCGGUUCAAAUAUAAUGCGCAAGAUAUUCUCUUUUACGCGUUCCCUCGAAUUUGUUCGAACCAAGCAAAUUUUACAAAACGACUAAUAUGAUGAAAACAUAAGAAAGGAAAUAAAAGAGCAAACUGAUACUCGGCGCUCGGGUAGACAAAGAGGAACAUUUUUUUCUUUUUUUUUUUUUACAUUGACACGGUUUAUGAACAAGUAAUCACCAAGGCACAGGCUCACGUCGCAACAGUUUUCGCAUCCACGCAUCUUGUAUUCUCCGGUCCUCCCUCUCGAACUCUCUAGCCGACACUCAUAAAUCGACAAAAGAAGGAAAGAAAAAAUGAAUUCGAAAGCGAAAGCGAGAAAUGGAAGAAGCGAGAACACACAUGCCGGCCCUGAAUGCAUAAAAAUAAGAUUUAGUAACGCUAAUUUUUAAUGUGUAAGGAUGUAAUGAGGAUCUCGCCGAGCAGUCACUAUAUGUACAUCAUUUUUGCCUUUUUUUGUUUUAUCUUUUUUCUUUCAUCAUUUUCUUCCACCAUAUACCGGACUCGUCUAGUUCCGUACAAGUACGGACAAAGCAAUGUAUAAUUGUAGGAUUGUCAGUGUUUACGGGUUUAUAUACAGUUAUGCCGGGUCUUUUACUCACCCACCCCGACUUCGACGAAGUAGGGCGAAAGAGAGAGAAGACGUGCGCUUUCUACGUGGUUUCAUCAAGCGUAAAGAGAACGAAACGCGACUUGCGAUUUAAUACCAGUAUGAUACGUUCGAAACGAUCGCUACAUCACGAUAUGUGUGUAUAUAUACAUAUAAACACGGUAGUCUGUACAAGUUGGUACAUUUUGUACGUACAAUCAUAUAAUUGUUAAUAACAUAGAUUCAUAUUGUUUAUACUAUCGCCGUUCAUAGACAUUCGCUGUUGAUGGACAUGCGACAAACGAAAGAGGAGUUCUUUCCUCCUUACAGGAGAGAGAAUAUACCAACCUUAAUAUAUCCUUACAUGUUGCUGAAAAUACUUCGUUACUAGAUAUAUGUAUAUAUAUAUAUGCGCAUAUGUGUAUACAUAUAUUUAUGCAUAUGUGCAGGAGCUGUAUUUUGUACUGUAAAAAGCUAGCUUAUACUCUGGUCGUUGCUGGUGACUAAUUCCGACGAUACGAUUCUUCUUUGUAUUGCCAUGAGAAAAUUAUAUUUUUCAUGUAUAGAGAGUACAUGUUACUGAGAUCGAUAUAUAUACUUUCUUCUUUUCCUAUGCGUAACUCAUAAGUUGUGUAGGAGCAAAAUUUGUAGAUACGGUCAAAAGAAACGAAAAAAAGAGAAAAAAAAUAUUGCGAUGGAUUCGAGGGAAAAAAAAAAGACUAUCCCUGCCGCCGCGCGCAGGGAUGACCACUUAUACUCGACGCGAGUACAAAACGAGAUUUUUCUUAAAAGAGAAAAAAAGAGACUUGUGAGCAGCCACGCGAAAUCAUGUUAAAGAGAGAAAGAGAGAGCCGCGGCUCGUCCGAUCGCGGCGCGCAGUGUUCAUAAAGUUAAAAAAAAAAAAAAAAA